UUUGUGUCACUGACUCUCCAGCCCUUUCGUGAUCGGACGCGCAUUCCUUCGUAAUUAAUUCAUUCCACAGCAGAGGAGCGAGUGGCCUCGAUCGGUCUACAGUUUCCAGCUGUCCCAUAUUGUUUUAUGGAACCAGUAGAUAUGAAACAUUUUGAAAAGAUUGACAAACUGUUGAAUUCUAUAGUGGACAGCCUAUUUGGGGAAAGAGAUGCUCGUAUGAGAGGAUGGCUCCUACUGGAUUCCUACACACCAACAUUCUUGCUCACCAUCACCUACCUCCUAACAAUCUACCUGGGAACAAAAUAUAUGAGAAACAGACCAGCAUACUCACUGAAACACGUUUUACUGCUGUACAACUUCUCUCUUACUAUUUUGUCUUUAUACAUGCUGGUUGAGUUGAUAUCAUCAGUCUGGUCUGCAGGUUAUCGUCUUCAAUGUCAGGGUCUGCAUGAAGCUGGUGAAGCAGAUAUCAGGGUAACUAAAGUGCUGUGGUGGUACUACUUCUCCAAGCUGAUUGAAUUCCUGGACACCAUCUUCAUUGUGCUGAGGAAGAAAAACAACCAGAUCAGUUUCCUACAUGUGUAUCAUCAUGCCUCUAUGUUUAAUAUCUGGUGGUGUGUCCUCAACUGGAUACCCUGCGGACAGAGUUUCUUUGGGCCGACGCUAAACAGUUUCAUCCAUAUCCUCAUGUAUUCUUACUAUGGUUUGUCAACCAUUCCAUCCAUGCACAAAUAUCUGUGGUGGAAACGCUACCUCACGCAGGCUCAGCUGGUUCAGUUUUUAUUAACUAUAACACACACAAUAAGUGCAUGGGUCGUUCCUUGUGGUUUCCCUCUGGGCUGUCUGAAAUUUCAAACCUUCUACAUGUUCACACUUGUCGCCCUGUUUGUCAACUUCUACAUGCAGACAUACAGAAAGAGGAAGCUGGAGGGUGACAGAAUUGCUGAGGUUGGAGAUCUUAAAAACAGUCAUUCUAAUGGCCUUUCACCCUCUCUCAACGGAGAAAACUCCAAACAGAAGCUGAAAUGAUGCCACAAUAUGGAGCAAUAUAGAAUGCUCUUCUCAAUUAACUUAUGCUGAAUACUAGCACAAUAGCAGCCAUAAUCAUCUGAUAAUCAAAAUGCACUUUUAUAAAUAAGAAUAUAACUUUUUAACCAUUUUGUAUCUUUGUUUUGCAUAUGUUCCACUCUAGCCAAUAGAAAUGCUGUACAAUAAUUUUGUAGAAAAAUAUUUUUCAAACCCUUUUUAAAAUAAACACCUCUGUUAUGGAGUACAGUAUCUACUUUAUUACACAUCUUUGGCAAUUCAUCUCUAAUGACAAGAAAACAUUCAGUAAUAUACCCUAAAUCACUAUAAUGAUUUAUUCUUCAACAAAGGAAGCCUUAGGCUACAAGUCU